AUGACCGACCAAACCGCCCAAUUCACCCCCCGCUUCCGCACCGACAUCUACCCCUUCAUCGAGCCCUCCAAGUACAGGGGAUCCCUCCGCAACAAAGUAACCAUCAUCACCGGCGCAGCAGGAGCAAUCGGCCGAGGACUCGCCGAGUCGUUUGCUGUCGCGGGGGCAAAGCUGGUCUUGACUUACAACCGGACGCCGCCACCGCCCGAGCUGGAGGAGAGAUGUCUUCGGUUUGGAGCUGCUGAUGUGUCGUUUGUAAAGUGUGAUGUUGCUGAGCUUGGGGGGUGUGAGGCUCUUGUUAAGGAGACUUUGGAACUGCAUGGUAGGGCAGAUAUUUUGAUCAACAAUGCUGGGGCUAACGGGCUUGGGCCGCUUCACGACCAAGCGCCUCAGGAUUUCAUCAAGGAGAUUGCGGUCAACUUCCACGGGCCGUAUUACCUCAUGAGGCUGCUCCUCACGUAUUUUCGACAACAGCGAAGUGGCUGCGUGCUGAAUAUUGCCUCGAGGGCCGGGACGGUGGCUAUACCAUAUAGCACCGGGUACUGCUCCAGCAAGGCAGCACUGAUCAACCUAACCGCCUGUGCGCAAAAGGAGCUUGACAUUGAUGGUUUGGGAGAGGAGGUGCACAUGUAUUCGCUGCACCCUGGGGGGGUUAAGAGCGCGAUGACGCUGAAAAAAUACUCACCGGAAUCUAUGUCUACUCUUCCGCCUCAGGCGCAGAGCAAGUUUGUGAAUGCGCUGGAUAUCUAUGAUGACUCCCCGUAUCUGAACGGGAUGGUGUGUGUUGCGCUUGCGACGGGGGUGGGGAAGGAGGUGCUGAGGGGCAAGUAUUUUGAUGUUGGGCAGGAUUUGGAAGAUGUGCUGGCUCAAAGGGAGGCGUUGAGGCAGAACCCGGAUUUGUAUGAGUUGCACACGAGCUUCUUGGGUGGGCUGAAGAACGGGGGUGUGCCGGAGGGGGGAUAUAGGAAGGAGGAGUGGGGGAAGGAGUUUCCGGGUUUUUGA